CAGCGCGGGGGCGUGUCUAUUCUAAUGCCUGUCCGGGGGCGCGGUUUAUGCUAAUCAAUUCCUCCCCGUCCUUUCCCGGGGGGGGCCCGUUACCGGGAGGGGGGAUCCCGUUAAACCCCCCCAGACCUUUCAAAGUCCCCUGCCGGUCCUUUCCGGUCCGCUUUGAACGGCGGCGGCGUGACGGCCGCGAUCAGGCAUCGCCGCGAACCCCUAAGCGGCGGGGCCCGGCGGGGUCCUGGCGGCGUUGCCCGUGCGGGGGCGCCUGGGAGACCCCGCGCCGGGCGCCGCUGAGGCCUCACGUUGACAUGGAUGAUGAAGACGGCCGGUGCCUGUUAGACGUCAUCUGCGAUCCGCAGGCCCUGAACGAUUUCCUCCAUGGAUCCGAGAAGAUCGACAGCGACGAUCUCCUGGACAACUCCGGCGACGCCGCCAGCGCCUUCUUCGAGGGGGCGGGGCUCCACGGCCAGGAGGCCUCGGGGAACCCUCUGAGCUCGGAGCCCAACCAGCCGCCGGCCAGCGUGGACCUGGACUUCCUGGAGGAUGACAUCCUGGGCUCGCCGGGCGGCGCCGGCGCGGGCGCCGAGCAGCCGUGCGACAUCCUCCAGCAGAGCCUGCAGGAGGCCAACAUCACCGAGCAGACCCUGGAGGCCGAGGCCGAGCUGGACCUGGGCUCCUUCCAGCUGCCGGCGCUGCAGCCGGUGGUGCAGGCGGCCGACGGGACCCCGCAGAUCUUCUCGGGCGGCGCCGACCUGCUGGGGCUUCAACCUCCGGCCGUGCUGGCGCCGCAGGCCUUGGUGCAGCCGCCCGACGUGGUCAACAAAGCCAUCAGCGUCCAGCCCUUCCUGCAGCAGGUGGGGCUGGGCAACGUCACCAUCCAGCCCCUGCCCAACCUGCCCGGCUUGCCCAACGGCAGCCCCGGCGGCGCGCUGGGGCUGGGCCCCAUCCAGGUGGUGGGCCAGCAGGUGAUGGCCAUCAACCAGCCGGCGGCGCCGCAGCUCUUGGCCAAACCGGCGCCGGUGGCGGCCGUGGGCGGCUACAUCGCCCAACCCGAGGCGGCGGCGGCGGCGGCGGCGCAGGGAGCGGGCUUGGUGAUCCAGAAGAGCCUCCCGGCCGUGGCCACCACCACGCUCAACGGCAGCUCGGUGUUCGGCGGCGUCUCGGCGGCGUCGGCGCAGCCGCUCACCGUCACCUCGGGCUUGGGCGGUUCCCUGGUGCCGGCGCCCAACGUCAUCAUCCACCGCACGCCCACGCCCAUCCAGCCCAAACCCGCCGGCGUGCUGCAGCAGAAGCUCUACCAGAUCACGCCCAAACCCUUCGCUCCCGGCGGCGCCCUGGCGCUGCCCGCCGAGGCGCCGGCCAAGGCUCAGCAGAACCUCACCUUCAUGGCCGGCAAGGCCGCGCCCAACGUGGUGCUCCAGGGCUUCCCCCCCAACGUCUUCAAGCCGCCGCCGCCGCAGCCGCCGGCGCUGGGCAAGUCCAUGAGCGUGCACGUGCUCAACCAGGGCGGCUCCAUCGUCAUCCCGGCGCAGCCCUUCCAAGGGCAGAACCAGUUCCUGCUGCCGGGCCAGCUGGCCGGCGCCUCGGCCGUGCCGCUGCCGCAGCCGCUCUCGGCGCUGCCGGCCAACGUGGGCGGCCAGCUGCUGCCGGGAGCCGGCCAAGCGCACAUCAUCGCCGGCCAGGGCGCCGGCGCGCAGCUCCUGGCCAACCCCGCCCUGCCGGCGCAGCUCCUCAACCAGAACCUGGCCGGGCAGCUCAACCUGGGCCCGGUGCUGGCGUCGCCGGGCGCGGCGGGCACGGCGCACAUCCUGUCGGCCGCGCCCAUCCAGCUGCAGCCGGGCCAGGUGGCGCCGGCGCCGGCGCUCUUCCAGAUGCCGGUGUCGCUGGCCGGGACCCUGCCCAGCCCCGGCUCGGCGGCGGCGCCGGCGGCGCCCACGGUGAUCCAGGGGGUGACCCUGGCCAGCCCGGUGGCCAUGCUCAACGCCGGCGAGGGCUUGGGCGCCGCCGUCAACAUCCAGGCGGCCGCCGGCAGCCCCGGCGGCGCCGAGUCCGGCUCCGGGGCCGGGUCCGGAGCGGCCGCGCAGCCCCGGCCACGCCGGCGCCGGUGCCGGCCCAGGCCAGCCCCGGGCUGGCGGCCAGCCCCGAGAAAAUCCUGCUGGGAGCGGCGGCGGCGGCGCCCGUGCUGGGCCAGGAGGGCGUGCCCAUGUUCCUGCAGCAGCCGAAGCUGCCGGGAGCCUCGCCGGGGGAUCCGCCGGCCCCGCUCCCGCCGCAGCUGCCCCCGAUCCCCGCCAUCCCCGCCGCCAUCCCCGCCGCCAUCCCCGCCAUCCCCUCCCCCCCGGCCGCCCUCGGAGCCGCCGCCGCCGCCGGGGCUCUUCCCGCCGCCCUUCCCGGAGCCCCCCGAGCUGCCCCCGCACUCGCAGCCCGCCCAGCCCGGCCCCUUCCCGCUGCCCCUGGCGGGGCUGAAGGGCGCGACCCCCGCGCUGCUGCCCCCGGAGCACCCGCGGAGCUUCGCGCUCGUCCCGGGGCCCUUCCCGGCCCCGCCCAAGGGCGGCGCCGAGCGCUUCCAGCAGGUGCCCCAGGGGCUGCUCCUGCAGCCGAAGCCGCCCCCGUCCAGCCCGGCCCCGUUCCCGGCUCCGGCCGCUCCCGUCCUGGUGCCGGCGGCUCCGGGAACGCCCGGCCCGGCCUCAGGUGCCGCCGCCGCCGCCCCGGCCGAUCCGAAGCCGCCGCCGUUCUCCGGCUCCGCCCCCGGCCCCGCCCCCGGCUCCGCCCCCGGCCCCGCCCCCGGGAAAGCGGCUCCGCCUCCCGCCAAACCGGGGCCGCCCCUCCCCCCCCCGCAGCCCGCCCAGGCGAAGCCGCCCGGCCUCAAGGGCCCCCCCCAGGCCCCGGGGGGGGGGAAGGGCCCCCAGGCCCCGCCCACGCUGGAGGCCAAGCUGGCGCUGAAGAAACCGCCGGUGCUGCAGCCCAGUAAGGAGGCCUGCCUCCUGGAGCAGCUGCACAAGCACCAGGGCGCCGUCCUGCAGCCCGAGCUGCGCGCGCCCUUCCGCUCGCUGGGGGACGCGCUGCGCCGCCUGCUGCCCUACCACGUCUACCAGGGGGUGCUCCCGGGGGAGAGCGACUGCCAGAGAGUGGACGAGGAGUUCGAGGCGGUGUCGGAGCAGCUCCUGCGCCGCACCCGGGCCAUGCUCAACAAGUACCGGCUGCUGCUGCUCGAGGAGUCCCGGCGCUCCAGCCCCUCGGCCGAGAUGGUGAUGAUCGACCGCAUCUUCAUCCAGGAGGAGAAAACGGCGCUGGCGCUCGACCGGCAGCUGGCCCGGGACAGGCCCGACGAAUACGUCUCCUCCUCCUCCUCCUCUUCCUCGUCUUCCUCCCGCUCCCACCCCCUCCCCCCUUCCUCCUCCUCCUCCUCCUCCUCCCUGCCCCUCCCCCAGCCCUCCCCCGCCCCUCCCCCACCCGCCCCUCCCCCCGCCCCCCCCAAGCUGCUGAUCAAGCAGGGGGGGGGCUCCCCCAGCGUCACCUGGCUGGGGGAACCCCGGGAUUCCCCGCGGGACCCCUCGCACCGGGGGGAUCCCCUCGCGAGGGGGGCUGGGGGCGGGGGCGGGGGAGGGGAGGCGCAGAGGGGGGGAGGGGAGGAGGAGGCGCUGCCCUCGCGGAGCCGCCCCCCGAUGAUGAAGACCUACGAGGCGCGGAGCCGCAUCGGCCUCAAGCUGAAGAUCAAGCAGGAGGCGGGGCUGAGCAAGGUGAUCCACAACACGGCGCUGGAUCCGCCCGGGAUCCCCCCCGGCACCGGGAUCCCCCCCGGCACCGGGAGCCACCCGCAGCCGCAAGCGGGGCUGGCGCAGCAGCUGAACGGAUCCCUGGAGAAGAAGCCCCCGAUGCCCACGGCUCCGAGCGGGGCCGGCCCCGGGGCCCCCGCGCCGUGCCGGCUGCCGCUGAGGAAAACCUACCGGGAGAUCAACCGGGAGAUCAACCGGGAGAUCGUCCGGGAUCGGGAACAGCACCACCACCACCGGGAGAUCACCCGGGAGCGGGAGCAGCACCACCAGCGGGAGAUGCGGGACAGCCGGGAGCUGAACCGGGAGCCGGCCCGGGAGCCCCCCGAGCGCCGGGAGCCGCCGCGCUCCGAGCGCCGCCCGGUGAUCACGGCCCUGCGCCGGGAUCCGGGAUCCGCCGCCCGCAUCCGGCCCGGGAAGGGCCCCCCCGAGGAGCCGUCGGACGGGGAGGACGAGGAGGAGGACGAGGAGGAGGAUGAGGAGGAGGACGAGGAUGAGGAGGAGGAGGAGGAGGAGGAGGAGGAGGAGGAAGGCUGCGGGACGUGGGGCGGGAAGCGGCGGCGGGCGGAGGCCGAGGUGGACAAGGCGUCGUUCAGCAGCGACAGCCCCCAGGACGAUUCCCUGAGCGAGCACCUGCAGAGCGCCAUCGACAGCAUCCUCAACCUGCAGCAGCCCCGCGGGGCCCCGGCGGCGCCGGCAGCGCCGGCAGCACCGGGAGCCGCCGCGCCGCCCUUCCCGGGGCCCCCCCGGCGCGGCCCCGAGCCCCUCGUGCCCCCCCCCCAGCCACAACGGCGGCCUCGGCGCCGCCCGGACGUGCACCAGAUGACGGCGGGGGGGCGGCGGACACCGGGAGAGGGACACCGGGAACACCGGGAACGGGGUCUGAGCGGGGGUCGGGGUCCGGCCGGGACACCGGGAACGGGGUCUGAGCGGGAUCCAGCCGGGAUCUGUCCGGGACACCGGGAACGGGGUCUGAGCGGGGUCCAGCCGGGAUCCGUCCGGGACACCGGGAUCGGGAUCUGUCCGGGACACCGGGAACGGGAUCUGACCGGGAUCCAGCCGGGAUCCAUCCGGUAUCAGACCGGGAUACCUAGAAUGGGGUCAGGACUCCGGGAACGGGAUCUGACCGGGAUCCAGAAGGCACCGGGCCACCGGGAUCUGGCCAGGACACCGGGAUCGGGAUCGGACCAGGAACGGGAUACCAGGAAUGGGAUCUAGGGAUCCAGAAUGGACCGGGCCACCGGGGUCGGGAUCACGAGACCCAGAUCAGACCGGGACACCGGGAGCGGAACGGGAUCGAGACACCGGGAUCCGACCGGGAUCCAGCCGGGACGCCGGGAACGGACCGGGAUCGGCAAUGGACCGGGGCUGGGAAUGGGAUCAGAACGGGAUCCCAGGAAUGGACCGGGAACGGGAUCAGGAACAGGAUUGGGAUCAGACCGGGAACAGGAACGGGAAUGGACCAGGAAUAGGAUCGGGAACGGGAUUGGGAUCAGAACGGGAACGGGAACGGGAAUGGGAUCGGGAAUGGGAAUGGGAAUGGGAUUGGGAUCGGGAACGGACCAGGAAUGGGAUCGGGAGUGGGAUCAGGAAUGGGAUCAGAUUGGGAAUGGGAAGGGGAUCAGAUCAGGAAUGGGAUUGGGAUUGGGAAUGCGGUUGGGAUCAGACCGGGAAUGGGAUUGGGAUCAGGAUCGGGAUCAAGAACAAGAUUGGGAUCGGGAACGGGAACAGAUCAGGAUUGGGAAUGGGGUCAGGAAUGGACCAGGAACGGGAUCGGGAAUGGGGUUGGGAUCAGACCAGGAGUGGGACUGGGAGAAGACCGGGAAUGGGGAAUGGGAACAGGAUUGGGAUCGGGAUCAGGAACAGGAUUGGGAUCGGGAACGGGAUCAGGAUCAGAUCAGGAAUGGGAACGGGAACAGACCAGAAACGGGAUCAGGAAUGGGAAUGGGAUUGGGAUCGGGAUCAGAUCGGGAUCGGGAUCAGGAUCAGAUCGGGAAUGAGAAUGGGAACAGACCAGGAAUGGGAUCGGGAUCAGGAUCAGAUCGGGGUCGGGAUCAGGAAUGCGGCCCCGGGACUGGGGAGAGCAGCGGGAAUUUGGGAGCUCGGGAUCGGCCCCGGGAUGGGAAAUUCGGGAGAGGGAAAUGGGAGAAAUGGGGGAAUUGGGGGAAUUGGGGGAAUUCCGGAGCUUUCCCGGGAUCGGGGAGAGCCCCGGGCCCAGCGGGGUCGGGAUGGGAAAGGGAAACCCCAAAGUCCCAUUUUAACCCCCAAAAUCCCAUUCUAACCCCCAAAAUCCCAUUUUUUCCCCCAAAAUCCCAUUUUUUUCCCCAAAAUCCCAUUCUAACCCCAAAAUUCGCUUUUUCAAAUCCCAAAAUCCUUUUGGUUUGGCCCAAAAUCCCAUUUUUAAGCCCCCAAAAAAUCCCAUUUGAAAUCCAAAAAUCUCCCUUUUCAUCCCCAAAAUCUCAAUUUUCCAUCCAAAAAAAAAAAAAAAAAAUCCCCUCUCUGACCUCCAAAAUCCCCUUUCCAGCCCCAAAAUUCUCAUUUUCACAUCACCAAAUCCCAUUUUUCACCCCCAAAAAAUCCCCAGAAAAAUAAUCCCAUUUUAAACCCUUUCCCUCCCAUUUUUUCCCAAAACUUGGGGGUUUUUUGACCCUUUCCCUCCCAAUUUAUCUCAAAAUUUGGGGUUUUUCUUAACCCUUUUUUCCCAAAAUUUGGAGAUUUUUUUAACCUUUCUUUCCCAAAAUUUGGGGGUUGUUUUUAACCCUUUCCCUCCCAUCUUAUCUCAAAAUUUAGAGAUUUUUUUUAACCCUUUUUUUCCCCAAAAUUUGGAGAUUUUUUUUUAACCUUUUUUUUCCCAAAAUUUGGGGGGUUUUUUUAACCCUUUCCCUCCCAUUUUAUCUCAAAAUUUAGAGAUUUUUUUAACCCUUUUUUCCCAAAAUUUGGGGGUUUUUUUAACCCUUUUUUUCCCCAGACUUUGGGGUUUUUUAACCCUUUCCCUGCCGCUGUUCCCGGCCUCCCUGGGGGGGAUUUUUGGGGUCGGUUCCCGGAUUUUUGGGGCAAUUCCCGGAGUUUUCCCCGGCCGAGUUUUGUACUGUAUUUAUUGUCCAUAGCGCGUUUUUUAAGGAAUUCCGGACAUUUACUAUUUCUCUGUAAAUUAAAAUCGCUUUUAAUUAA